UUUGGUAAAAUAAUGCAGACAAAAAUAAAGAAAACCUAAUGUGACUAAAUAAAGAUUCUUCUCAGUGGCACUGCUCUUCCAUUAUACAACUUUUCUACCCGAGUUAUUCCAGAUUAGCCAGGAGGUCAGUGAUAGUUCACUUAGUGCAGGUCAUCAACAGAUACAAGCCCAUCUACUCAGAGCCUACAGGGAUUACAGUAUGCAGUGUUCGGCAGAUUAUGAACAGGCUAGUAUCAAGCCAGGCUCGUGGCUGGUGUCACUGCAGGGAUCAGAAUCCACUUGAGCUGCAGUAUUCUGCUUCAUGAAAGCCACUGCAGUGCAGCAGCUCCAGAGGUGAGAACACAGCAAGUUCUUAGGUUUCUUUUACGUUUCUCUUCAAGUAUGUACAGAAAAAAAACCGGCAAAUAAAGAAGAAAGAAACUAUUGUCUCAAUGGAACUGCAACUGGAAAUUCACGACACUUUAAAAGGGCGUUAAAUCUGACUGGAUCACGUGGGACACAAUGUGCAAAUAAUCAAAUCUGCUUUUCGAUUUCGGCUCCAGCAAUCACAGAAGUGACAUAUCAGCAAACAUGACGCCACCCUGUUGACAGUCUGUGUUGUUUACAGCGUGCUCUGGCACCACGCGUCAUUACGUAGUCCCGUUUGGACCAAUCAGAAUGCAGAGGGGCGUAAAACAGUCUCGCGCCGGGUAAAAGGGAUUUGACAAGUCUCGAGCUGAUCCCCGCGCUCGACUUCCUCAGUGGGGCAGACACCAUGGCGGCUGCUGCCUGCGGACAGCAGAGCGCUGUGGUAGCAGCCUCCGUUAGCGGCAAAAAGACGCUCAGUAACAGAGAAUACAACCGGAGGACCCGGGAAAACUCCCGCCGGAGACAAGCCGCUCUUUUGUUCCUGAACAACAUCUCUCUUGACGGCCAGCCAGUGCACAGCAACCCAACAGAGAAAGGAGGAAGCCACAACAACAAAGAGCCCGACUUUGAUGCAGCCAGCUCCGGCGCUGCAGCGGCUGAAGCGUCCGAAUCCAUUCCGGUCCCCGGACACAUGUGUGGCUACGGGACACCAUUCUCUGCGUCGGUAGGCUGUGGAGAUGUCUUCCCUUCCCCGAGGACUGGACUCACCGUUCCGCCGAUUUUGGUCCUCCCUUCCGACACAGGGUUCAACGAUGCUGACAGCGCAGAGGUGCUGUUGGGCUGUCGCCGAGGCUCGUUCCCUUCUCCGGGUAGCAGUAACCUACUCUCCCCGUCCCUGUCCAAUACCAGCCUGCUGCCGUCACCGCUGGGACCACGGAAAUCCCCCACGCUGCUGUCGGUCCACAGCUGUAACUCCGUUUCCUCAGAGCCGCGACAGAGAACUCGAAACCUCUCUGGUGGUUCUCAGAGACCUCGACACACCAAAAAGAUCCACUUCAUCAAAAACAUUAAACAGUACGACACCAGAGGCAGCAGGAUUGUGCUGAUCUGUGCCAAGAGGUCUCUGUGUGCUGCCUUCUCUGUUCUGCCGUAUGGAGAGAGCUUCUACCUAAGUGACCCCACGUUAAACCAUCCCAAGAGGAGACACUCCUCUGGAAACAUUUCCACAACCCUGGAGAUGCUACCAGGGCUUGAGGGGUUUCAGCUGGACUCCUACGGCAGGUCAGUGUCAUAUGCUCAGUUCCUGUACCCAACGAAUGCCCUGGUGAGGCAGAAGCCUUGUUCAGCCAGUGAGCUGACGCUGCAGAUCCCGAUCUCAAGGAGCACACACAGCAUGGCUGCCAGGAGCUACCCCCCUAGCCGGCUGAGCAGCACUGUGGGGCUGGACCUGGGUGUGCUGAUCUUCACCUCGUACAUGACAACAGUCAUCGAGUAUGUGAAGCCCUCUGAUCUGAAGAAAGACAUGAACGAGACCUUUAAGGACAAGUUUCCCCACAUCAAGCUCACUCUCAGCAAAAUACGCAGCCUAAAGCGAGAGAUGAGGAUGGUCGGGGAGGACUGUGGCCUGCAGCCCGCCACCAUCGCAAUGACCUUUGUCUACUUUGAGAAACUGGUGCUGCAGGGUCGACUCAACAAACAGAACAGGAAGUUGGUGUCAGCUGCCUGCAUCCUAUUAGCUGCUAAGAUCAGCAGCGACCUGAAGAAACAGGAGGUCACACACCUCAUUGAUAAACUGGAGGAGCGCUUCAGGAUCAGCAGGAAGGAGCUGAUCUCCUUUGAGUUCAUCAUCCUGGUUGCCCUGGAGAUGGCGCUCUACCUCCCCGAGAGCAAAGUGAUGCCUCAUUACAGGCGGCUGGUGCAGCAGCAGCAGGUAUAGCACCCCCUGGCUCAGCAGCACUACGGCACAGCGCUCCACCUUCCCUCCCUCCAGAGACUCUCAGCACCCUCAACACUGUGAUCCUCAUGAUGCCUUGCUCAAAGGCUGCCCAGAAACCACCCUGCAAUCAACUCACAGCACAGACCUGAGUAUAGCCUCACUGUGAUGAUAGGACCUGCCUGGCUCAACGGCUGGGCAGCAGAGACACUGACCGCUGUUGUGGGUUUGAACCUGUGAGAGUCCUGCUGGCAUUCUUUUCUUCUAACAACAGAAAUGUAGCAGAAAUGAUUUAACAUUUGUAACGAGCACAGCAGGAACUUUCAGUUAUUUAGAGCAAAGUACUCUAAAUACUACCGGAGUGAGUAAAACAGGAACAUCUAGGCAUUAACCUAACUGUGGGGGGAAUCAGAGAAAACCCCACAGGGGGAAGUUCAACCAGAGACCUUCUUGCUGUGAGACACCAGUGCUACUGACUGCACCACUGUGCAGCCUAACGAAAAGGUGAUUUGUUCUACAAAACCAGACCCUUCAGAGGUAGGAGGUAUCAUACACACCCAACACACACAUAACCAUCACAGAGCCUCUGACAAUCAGUUACUGCACUUGAGCCCUCAGCAGCAUCAGCGUAGGCCGACUGCUUCCACCAGCCGCAUCACAAACAUGUCACCGGUCUAAUCCCAGUAUCUCACUGGGCUGCCACUGUUGGAGGCUAAUUACUAACGACUUUCAUGUGUGUUUCCAAAAUCAGAUGAACGUCUCAGCGAGUUGUCAUGUUAUUUAUCAUGAUUUCAAAAUCGACUGAACUUUAUUUAUCCAUAGCAGAGCAGAUCUGGGUUCUGCUUAACAGAAACAAACUCAUUUAAGUCCAAACUUUAUUUGUAUAGCACAUUUCUGACAGCAGCCGUUGCCUGGAAGCGCCGCACAGAACCGUACAAUAAAACCUCCACGAAGCAGCAAAUAAAACCAUACCAAAAUAAAACAUUCCAGAGACUAAAAAGUUAAAUAAGAGACUAAAAUAAAUAAAAACUGAUCCAAGGACGUAAAACAGCAUUCAAACUUGCAUCCUAUUGGAUGUGGAGAAAACACACGUGUCGCCUUAAACAAGGCUCAGCUGUCCAGACGUCCAAAGGCCUUUGUGACUGAACAGGGUCACAAUGAUCAUACGCAUCAUGUGGCCCAGCCACAAUUCUACAUUUGUUUCGAAUGUGUUCCAAAGUGUCCUACAGUGGGAUGCGAACGUUUGUGCAGCCUUGUUGAUCUUCAUGAUUUCCUGUAUAAAUCGUUGGUUGUUACGAUAAAAAGUGCAGGGACUGGGAAUCGUGUUAACGUUGAGGAUUCCACUCAACAUCAGCAGCUUCUGGAGACCAAUGUCCAGGAAUGAGAGACAAAGCUGAAGCUGCACCGGGGCUGGAUCUGUCAACAAGACCGAAACACUGCUCAACAUCUACUGCGGCAUUCAUGCAGAGGAACAAGUAGAACGUUCUGGAAUGGCCAUCUCCGCCCCCAGACCUGAAUAUUAUAUAAAAUCUGUGGUGUGAAUUGGAGAGCUGUCCGUGCUCAGAAACCAGAGAAGAAUGGUUCAAAAUACCUUCAGCCAGAAUCCAGACUCUCACUGGAGGCUAUAGAAAGCGUUUAGAGGCUGUUAUUCCUGCAAAAGGGGGAUCUGCUGAAUAUCGAGGUCAUUUCUUUUGUGAGGUGCCCAAUUUUAUGCACCUGCUUAGUUUUGUUUAAACAGUUAUUGCACACUUUCUGUAAAUCCUGUAAACUUAGUUUCACUUCUCAAAUAUCACUGUGUGUGUCUCCUACAUUUAAUUGAUUUGUUUUAUCAGAACAACCAGUGGUUUAUACUGGGAAAUGCCCAAACUUCCACAUCCCACUGUAGGCAUCAAUUCUGUGUGCUUUUAACUGUAAAGUUGUGUAUUGUCUCCCAGUUGUGUCUCCAGCCAGCCUCAGCUCAGAGACAUUAAAGAGCAAGUCACCCCCUACCAGAUUCUUACUCAACUCCCACUUCCUGUUUGAAAAAUGCAACAAAUGCUGUUGCCUAGCAGACCGAGAGGGUGGAGCCGCUAACAAAUAACCACACUCACGACGUUGUGACAUCAUAAUGUACCAUCUAACACCAUAGUGUACCUCUUAGCCAAUAGCGACGGCGGAUUUAAAUUCAAAUGCAGUGCUGAGUUUUUACCUGACGACGGUGCAACACUGACAGUUUUAGGCAGAAUAUUUAAAUUUUAACUAAGAUGCACUAAAGUGCCGAAUUAUUGACUACACGUGUCUGCAGCACGAUCAGACACGCAUUUAUAUAGUUUAUCAGCAAAAAAAUGUUGAUUUGGAGUGACUUGCUCUUUAAGGAGACUAAUAACUUGUAAAGUUUCAGGAUAGUCGCCUCCCAGCAGCUUCUUCUUUAUGGCUUCGUCUUUGUUUUAAUGUAUGAACUCAUUCAUUUGAUGAAUGGCUGGUGUGUCUCCGAGAGAAGAGCUCCGGUCUGUAACAUCUGGAAACAUCAGCCUGUCCGUGUUUCACUCUGAGCUCCAGCUGUGGAGUUCAGAUGCUAAAGUGCCUUUUGCUGAAGGCCACAGGAAGUGUGGUUGUUCAUGCAGAGCAGUCUUCCUGCCGUAAGAACUAAACCAGCAACCUUAUGGUCUUGUGUCUGGUGUGCAGAGAUGCAGCCUGUGUUUGUGUUUGUGCCGAGUCAUGUUUAGCAGGAGUUUGUGGUGCAGACUCCCUGAUGGUGUUAGGGUUCCUGUUAAUGAGCUGCAGCAGCAGAGCAAUAAUGAAUUCCUUAUUUAUUGUUUUUAUUGUGUUCUAAAGGGAUGAGCAUGUAACAGAUCGAGGCUUCUGUCACGAUGUUUGUGGCUGCUUUUCCUCCAGGCUGACCCUUUCCAGCUGCUCUCCCACAGCUCUGAUGGUGAACGUCUUGUUUAGUAACAUCUGGUCACUCUGGAGGAAAUAAAGCUUCAACCACCUCCUGCAGAGCUGCAGCUGUUUUUGCACUUUGCCUUUUAGCUUCACCCGAAUCUUUAUUUUAUCACUUAGUAAUAGUAUUUUUCUACAUGUGAGCUCUUUUUUUGUAAUAUUUUUGAAGGCCGUGUCACUGAAACAUAAUUAUUGCUAAUGAUCCUUCAGGUGCCGUGUGUGCGCGUAUCAGAGCUGCUGGGUUUUAUCCUUCCGUUACAGAUGCAGCUGAAAACAUCUGAUGCCUCUUGUUUUGUUUUGUGUAGAGGAGGUGUUCUGGGUCCUUUAGCUCUUGAUUCACCACAUUUGUACAGGCAACAAAACUUCAGCUCGUCAUCGCUCACACUGAUCAGGAAGGAGAGAGUUCUGCUUUAAUGGCUCAGGAUCUUAUCUGGGUCAUGACGGCGGAUUUCAGCGGACAUCUUAGACAAUGUUCCUCACGUUGAUAACGGAGUAUUGGCUUCAACCCAGCUGAGGGGUAUAACUCAGCAUGCUAGUAGCUGAGUGUCAUUCACAAAUACACUCUGUGUGUGUGUGUGUGUGUGUGUGUGUGUGUGUGUGUGUGUGUGUGUGUGUGUGUGUGUGUGUGUGUGUGUGUGUGUGUGUGUGUGUGUGUGUGUGUGAGAGAGAACA